AUGGCUGCCACCAUUCUGACUGUUGCUAUAAACUUUGAAUGUUUUGUUGGCCACGCUUUGCCCUCAAACGAUCUCACAGCAGCAGACUUUCUGUUGGAAUACAAUCUCGAGCACAAUCUAAAGAUGUUAAAUCUGCACUAUAUUCGUCAUAGAAAUGGCGACAAAAUGGAGCGAAUGAGUUAUACCAAUCGACUGCAAUGCCUGAAUGUCAGGAAAAUAUUAGAGGGGAUACAAAAGGAAUUAAAGAUUCACGGUCAUGAUCAUGAUGUACAUCAGAGUGGUAGUCAUACCCACAUCAAUGGACCACCUCCUCAUCAUAGUAAACCGCACGGGAAGAAAGCCAAGACUGACCAGCAAAUCAAUUCACCACCUAUACACAUAUUCCAAAGUUACAAACCCAACCAUCCAUACCAGCCCAAAAGAGAAACAAAUGUUUUUGAAAAUAACGUUGAUAACAGGAAGGAGACUCAGUACGAUUAUACAGCAGAACGUAUUAACAAAACUGCACAUGUAUAUGAUACAGAGGCAAAAAGGAAAAAGAUAUCAAAAUUCAGUACAAUAAAUUCAAGAAAAACACCAAACAGUGACAGUAAAAGUCCAGGAAUUGGACGGCACGUGACGAAGUUCCUGGAAAAGGGAAACGUUCUGCACGAUAAUGUGCAACCACACAGUGAGCAUACACCUAGCGCCAAAAAUAAUUCGUCUCUAAAUGUUAAUUAUCCUCACAACAGUGACGCUAAUAAGAACUCAUUGGCAUCAACUCACUCUCUACACAAACAUAAUCAAGCUCACCACAAAGACCAUGGACUUUUGCAAUCCUUGAAUGUUACAACGCCCAGGACGUCUAUCGUACAUCACACACCUCACAAUCGACCUCCUAACCAUCACCAAGCGCAUAAUCACCUGCACCCAUCAUCUGUGAUUCAAACGACAACGUCUAUUGACACAUCAAGGACAACUUAUCAUUCAACACGAACUCAACAUUUGACGCCAACUGUGCGACCGCCACAAACUCAUCAACCACGACCAGAUGAACUCCUACAACUUGAUCAUCGUUUAAAAUGCCUGAACAUCGAUGGUAAAAGAUUAAAUUCAAGGCGUCUAUACACAACACAAAGACAACAAAUUGAAAAUUCUUUCGCAACCAUAGCAAUGGCAAUUAUCCAAGGUUAUAGACUGCAAGAUAAUGAUUUGCCCUGCCCGGUAGAGUUUCUGCGGGAUAUUUUUGAUAGAUAUGCGGAGAAGGGCAAGCUGCACUCAUCUGGAGUAAAAAGACUGAUGUCUGCUAAAAAGCCACAUGCACUACAUGAGCGUGACCAUAGUACUCACAAUCACGAUUAUCAUAGCAUUUAUGUGCAUGCCCAUGACCACAGCCCUCAAAUCAACAUAACUUGUGAUAUAAAGAAGCGACGAACUAUGGAAGCUUAUGAUCGCUUUGUAAAUCUCGAAGGUUCAACUUCAAAAGUCAUGCCAUGUUUGAGGAAGAGUGACAUAAGAACUCUGUUCCAUCAUAAAGAGGACAUCACCAUGAAUGCAUUUCUUGAUAUGUGUCCUGUCAUAUUGCACCAGCUGGUCAGUGGUGCGUGCUUAAAUGAGUCAAGUGUUCAACAACAACAACAACCGACAACUACUGAAAAAUACGGAUUGGGAACUCUCUGCGUAUUUAUCAUCAGUCUAUGUUCAUUCGCCGGGGCAGUGUUCGUCAAGUGUGCUCACAAUAUUAACCGAAUGUACGUCAUGGCGGGUCUGAUAGCUCUCUCGGUUGGCUGUCUCCUUGGUGACGCAAUCAUCCAUCUUUUACCUCAUGUCCUUGAGGAAGGUCACCAUUCAGGACACUCUGAAUCUCACGGUGACAGCCUUUACAAGAUGUGUGGAGCGUUGGCUAGCGUGUACUGCUUCUUCCUUUUGGAGUUGUUUUUCAGUCACUCCCAUAGCCCGAAAAAGGCCCCUGACAUGAACAUAGAAAUAUCACGAGAUACACAGUCCUGUAAUUCUGCGACGUCAGACAUUCAGCUGAUCAAUUUAACUAAGAAUAAUCUACGGACAGAGAAUAAAAACCGUCUUUGGCAAAAGGUGUCAACCAACAGCGCAGAUGCCCAGCAGGAAGAGGAAUCGAAAUCACAAAGUUCCGGGUCCCUGAAGUGGAUGGUUCUGAUCGGUGAGGCGGUACACAAUUUUGCAGAUGGCAUGGCUAUUGGUGCAUCGUUCGCAGAUAGUUUGACAGAAGGUUUGUCGACGUCGCUCGCCGUGUUUUGUCAUGAACUUCCGCAUGAAUUAGGAGAUUUUGCUGUUUUGUUGUCGACCGGGAUGUCGAUAAGGAAGGCCCUCAUGUUAAACUUCGUUUCCAGUCUGACAGCAUUCAUCGGUCUAUACAUAGGCCUCACAAUAGGCUCAAACGACGAGGCAAGGUUGUGGACUCUCUCAUUCGGAGCUGGAAUGUUUGUCUACGUAGCACUAACAACACUGAUGCCAGAGCUCGUCGACUAUUUUAAUUGUUAUACAAACUUCAAAAUGUUUCUCUCCCUGAACAUUGGACUACUUCUGGGAUUUGUGUUGAUGCUCCUCUUAGCAAUCUUUGAGAACGAUAUAAGACUGAUGUUGUAA